AUGAAGUUGAAGAAAACACUUGCUAGAGGGGUACCUAAAACCCCCUUAACUGUCAACAAUCUUCUACUAGUGUUUAAAGAGCUUCUAUCAGUUUGUAUAAACCAAAUACUUUACUACAACAAAGUAUACGAUCCACUAAUAUUUGACGAAUAUAAAGCAUUCGAUGUGAUUGUAUGGAAGAGUCGACAUCCACAUUUGGAGAAAUACAUUGACGAUUUAUUCUUGAAUGUCAUUAACAAUCUAAUCAUCAAUAAGAAACAAUCAAAUGGACUUGAUAAAAUCACAUGUUUAAUCUACAACACUAAGAAUGACACCGUAGUGAGGAGCUACUCAAUCAAAUUUCAUCAAUUCAUCCUAUCUUUAAACGAGACUAUCGCUGAAUUGAAAGUUACUGACGAUUAUGAUACUUCAUCAAUUUUGAACUUGCCGGGUGUAUCUUGGAUCGAAAUUUAUACGCAGUUCCAAACAAUCUUGUUUCAACUCAUACAACAGUUACGCAAAACCCCAAUUUCAGAUACACAAGGAGAAGAUUUGUUUUACAAGAUUACUGUGAGCUUGCAUGAAGAAAUCUAUGCUGGAUCCAACUGGGUAAGGCUUAAUGAGACUAAACAACGUGACCCUGUUGAAAAUGUGCAGGUAAUAAGCGAAGCAGACCUUGGUAUCUUAAGCUUUACACUUGAAAGCAUGUACGACGGCGCAUAA